CAACCAUAAAUAUUGGCGGACAGACGCCAAGUAGAGUCGGACUCCUCGAGACUCGCACGCAUCUCUCUCUAGAAGAAGAAGAAGAAGCAGCAGCAGCAGCAGCAGCAAUGAGGACCGCCGUGUUGAGAUCUCUCCGAUCGUCGGCGGCGGCGGCGAGGCCGGCCCCCGCGAAUUCGCACCUCCUCCGCCGCGGAUUCAGCUCGGAAUCCGUGCCGGAGCGCAAGGUUGCCGUGCUCGGGGCCGCCGGCGGGAUCGGUCAGCCGCUCUCGCUCCUCAUGAAGAUCAACCCUCUCGUCUCCAAGCUCGCUCUGUACGAUAUCGCCGGCACUCCCGGUGUCGCCGCCGACGUCAGCCACAUCAACACUAGAUCUGAGGUUGCUGGUUAUGCGGGUGAAGAUCAGCUAGGACAAGCUCUUGAGGGAGCAGAUCUGGUUAUCAUUCCGGCUGGUGUGCCAAGAAAGCCUGGAAUGACUCGUGACGAUCUCUUUAACAUUAAUGCUGGCAUCGUCAAGUCUCUUUGCACUGCUAUUGCAAAAUACUGCCCCAGUGCAAUUGUGAAUAUGAUUAGCAAUCCCGUGAACUCAACAGUUCCAAUUGCUGCUGAGGUAUUCAAAAAGGCUGGAACAUAUGAUGAGAGGAAAUUAUUUGGGGUAACAACCCUUGAUGUUGUGAGGGCCAAGACUUUCUAUGCUGGAAAAGCUAAUGUACCAGUCGCAGGGGUGAAUGUACCCGUUGUUGGAGGUCAUGCUGGCAUAACUAUCCUCCCGCUAUUUUCACAAGCCUCUCCACAAGUCAAUUUACCAGAAGAUGUUAUCAAGGCACUUACCAAAAGGACCCAGGAUGGAGGAACUGAAGUAGUGGAAGCAAAGGCUGGAAAGGGUUCUGCCACACUGUCUAUGGCCUAUGCUGGAGCAGUAUUUGCUGAUGCUUGCUUAGAGGGACUCAAUGGAGUUCCCGACAUCGUACAGUGUUCAUUCGUGCAAUCUAGCAUUACGGAACUGCCCUUCUUUGCUUCUAAGGUGAUUCUUGGAAAGAAUGGAGUGGAGAAAGUUUUGGAUUUGGGUCCUCUCUCUGACUACGAGCAAGAAGGCUUGGAAAAGCUGAAACCCGAGCUCAAAGCAUCAAUUGAGAAGGGAAUCAAGUUCGCGAACGAAAAUUAAAUUAACCAAAUCAUUAGCUGAUCAAACCAACCAAUGUUUCUAGAAACCUGUUGGAAUUUUGCUCCGUUUCUCAUUGUUGAGUAUGUUGCAGUUUACACCGGCUUGUGCUAUUUCCGAUCUGAGUAGGAGUUACAAAGACGGUAUGUGUUGAAUAAAUUUUACAGGAGCAGCCUA